AUGGGGGCGUGUCUCCCACAGCUGCCCCAGAGGCUGCUGCUGUUUGGGGCGGCCAUCCUGGCUGUGUCUGCCGUGGAGACCGCGGACCUGGUGCACCUGUGUGGGCAGACAUGGCAGGGGCCCGGGCUGCUGCUGCGUUCCCACUCCACGUCCCGCAAGUUCUACUUCGUGGCUCCGGACACUGACUGUGGGCUCUGGGUGCGGGCGGCUGCCCCCGGAGACAGGAUCCGUUUCCAGUUCCGCUUCUUCCUGGUCUACAGCCUGGCACCAGCCUCCCCAGCGCCCCCAGCUCCCAACGCUUCCGCCCUGGUGCCCUCCGACCCCUGUGUGCCUGGCUCUUACCUGCAGUUUUAUGAGGGCCCACCAGGGGCAGCCCAGCCCCUGGGGGCCCCUCUCUGCGGCCUGACCAUUCCUGCCCCCGUGGCCUCCUCCGGACCCUUCCUGGGCCUGCGCCUGGUCACGAGAGGCCGCCAGCCCCGCGUGGACUUCGUGGGUGAAGUCACCUCUUUCCGGUUGGGACCCUGUGGGGCCUACUUCCGCUGUCGCAAUGGCAGGUGCAUCCCGCCGGGCCUGGUGUGUGAUCGCUGGGGUAUGGACAACUGUGGCGACGGCAGUGACCAGGGCUCCUGGCCACCAGCCAACUGCAGAGGUCCCUCUCUGGUGCCUGGCCAGACAGGGAGCGUGGACGGUGACACUUCCGCGUCCCCGCCUUUCUCCCGGGCUCCCGGGUCUGCAGGCUCCCCCCAGGCUACAGCUACAGCUCAGAGGAGUCCCCCAGAGGGCCGGGGCCGCGCACCCCAGGACACAGCUUUGGAAGGGCUGAGUGGGCUCUUCCUUCCUGCAGGUCCCUGGCGAUGGGGCGUGGUGCUGGCCUCCUCUCUGCUCCUGGCCUGUGCCGGCCUCCUCGUGGGCCUCCUCCGGUGCUGCUGCUCCUCUGGCCGGCUGGCCUGGUGGCCUGCUGCUCCAGCCUGCACCGUCUGCCACGUGUGUCCUGGCCGGGUCACCCCCGGAGGGCUGCAGCUGAGUGGGCCAGUCUCCCCAGGUCGGGGAGACCACCCCUAG